AUGUCUCCUAUCAGCACGGCUACUACAGCCUUGAACUUCAUCACGGCCGUAGCCACUAUUGCGCAGCACAUACCUGCGCCUACUCCCACACCCACGCCCACGCCCACGCCUACCGUCCCCUCUCCACAAGCAUCGGAAACAGCCAGUGCGUCAUCGGAGCCAACCAUAUUCGUGCCAGAGCGGUACAACUCCGGCACAUCCUUCUUCGCCUCGGGCGCCUACAUUCUGUACAUGCUUCUUUACACCUUCUGGCUCGGCUGGGACCACAACAUGGCAAUUCUCUUUUACUUUCAACGGCGAAGAGAGGCGCUUGCCAAGCAACAGGAAGAGCAAGAGUGA